AUGAUCAAGGUCAACUUAACCUCUAUGAGUGGAUUCCUCCUUAUGGCGUUUUCUAAUGACCAUAAGUUUCAGAUUUUACAUGCACUGCUAUUUUUGGUGACAUACCUGCUGGCCUUGACAGGCAACCUCCUCAUUAUCACCAUCAUUACUUUGGACCACCAUCUCCAUGCCCCCAUGUAUUACUUCUUAAAGCAUCUUUCCCUUCUAGAUGUCUGCUUCAUCUCUGUCACAGUCCCCCAGUCCAUUGCAAACUCACUUACAGACAAUGGUUACAUUUCCCUUGGUCAAUGCAUUCUUCAAGUUUUGUUUUUCAUAGCUCUGGCUUCAUCAGAGGUGGCCAUCCUCACAGUGAUGUCUUAUGACCGAUAUGUGGCCAUCUGUCAACCACUGCACUAUGAGGCCAUAAUGGAUCCCAGUGCUUGCAGACGUGCAGUUAUAGCUGUGUGGGUUGCUGGGGGCAUUUCUGGGCUCAUGCACACAGCUGUUAACUUCUCCAUACCUCUCUGCGGAGACCGAGUCAUACAUCAGUUCUUCUGUGAUAUCCCUCAGAUGCUAAAACUGUCCUGCUCUUACAAUUUCAUAAAUGAGGUAGCAGUGGCUGCACUCACAACCUCAGCAGCGUUUAUCUGCUUGAUCUGCAUUGUGCUCUCCUACAUCCACAUCUUCUCCACAGUGCUGAGAAUCCCGUCAGCUGAGGGACGGACCAAGGUCUUCUCCACCUGCCUACCUCAUCUAUUUGUGGUCACUUUUUUCCUCUCAGCUGCAGGCUUUGAGUUUCUCAGGCCACCCUCAGAUUAUCUAUCAGCUAUAGACCUUAUGUUGUCCAUAUUCUACACUGUAAUACCUCCAACAUUCAACCCAGUCAUCUAUAGCUUACGGAAUGAAGCCAUGAAGGCAGCUCUGAGGAAAGUCCUGUCAAAAGAAUUUGCUCAGAGGAAGGUAAAUUUUAAAGCCAUCUUUAAACUAGAAAGAACCAUAUGA